AGUGCAGUGGCUCACUGCAACCUCGGCUUCCCGGGUUCAAGCGAUUCUCCUGCCUCAGCCUCCCGAGUACCUGGGAUUACAGGCGGCGCCACCACGCCAGGCUAAUUUUUGUAUUUUUGGUAGAGACGAGGUUUCACCAUGUUGGCCAAGCUAGUCUCGACCUCCUGACCUCAGGUGAUCCGCAAGCCUCGGCCUCCCAAAGUGCUGGAAUUACAGGCGUGAGCCACCGCGCCCGGCUACUGCGCGUUUUCUAAACCUUGGCUCCUACGUAUUUAUCAGAAGAGGGAGCGCAAUCUGUCUAUGACUUCCAGCCAAUGGCUACACUUCUUUUCUCAGCCCUCGUGCACUGUUCUUUUUUAACCAAUCAGAAACGUUAUUCAAACGUUUGCCCUCCUGGCUAAGUGCGCAGGCUCCUGGAAAGUUGUCUUCACUUCCGGGCCGCGGUCUAGGGCGGCUACGUGUGUUGCCAUAGCGACCAUUUUGCGUUAACUGGUUGGUAGCUUCUAUCCUGGGGGCUGAGCGACUGCGGGCCAGCUCUUCCCCUACUCCCUCUCGGCUCCUUGUGGCCCAAAGGCCUAACCGGGGUCCGGCGGUCUGGCCUAGGGAUCUUCCCCGUUGCCCCUUUGGGGCGGGAUGGCUGCGGAAGAAGAAGACGAGGUGGAGUGGGUAGUGGAGAGCAUCGCGGGGUUCCUGCGAGGCCCAGACUGGUCCAUCCCCAUCUUGGACUUUGUGGAACAGAAAUGUGAAGUUUUUGAUGAUGAAGAAGAAAGCAAAUUGACCUAUACAGAGAUUCAUCAGGAAUACAAAGAACUAGUUGAAAAGCUGUUAGAAGGUUACCUCAAAGAAAUUGGAAUUAAUGAAGAUCAAUUUCAAGAAGCAUGCACUUCUCCUCUUGCAAAGACCCAUACAUCACAGGCCAUUUUGCAACCUGUGUUGGCAGCAGAAGAUUUUACUAUCUUUAAAGCAAUGAUGGUCCAGAAAAACAUUGAAAUGCAGCUGCAAGCCAUUCGAAUAAUUCAAGAGAGAAAUGGUGUAUUACCUGACUGCUUAACCGAUGGCUCUGAUGUGGUCAGUGACCUUGAACACGAAGAGAUGAAAAUCCUGAGGGAAGUUCUUAGAAAAUCAAAAGAGGAAUAUGACCAGGAAGAAGAAAGGAAGAGGAAAAAACAGUUAUCAGAGGCUAAAACAGAAGAGCCCACAGUGCAUUCCAGUGAAGCUGCAAUAAUGAAUAAUUCCCAAGGGGAUGGUGAACAUUUUGCACACCCACCCUCAGAAGUUAAAGUGCAUUUUGCUAAUCAGUCAAUAGAACCUUUGGGAAGAAAAGUGGAAAGGUCUGAAACUUCCUCCCUCCCACAAAAAGGCCUGAAGAUUCCUGGCUUAGAGCACGCGAGCAUUGAAGGACCAAUAGCAAAUUUAUCAGUACUUGGAACAGAAGAACUUCGGCAACGAGAACACUAUCUCAAGCAGAAGAGAGAUAAGUUGAUGUCCAUGAGAAAGGAUAUGAAGACUAAACAGAUACAAAAUAUGGAGCAGAAAGGAAAACCCACUGGGGAGGUAGAGGAAAUGACAGAGAAACCAGAAAUGACAGCAGAGGAGAAGCAAACAUUACUAAAGAGGAGAUUGCUUGCAGAGAAACUCAAAGAAGAAGUUAUUAAUAAGUAAUAAUUAAUAACAAUUUAACAAAAUGGAAGUUCAAAUUGUCUUAAAAAUAAAUUAUUUAGUCCUUACACUGAG